GCAUUUAUCCCAUCGCAGGCAGCUCACAGAGUCAUUGCCGCAUCAGCAUUUCGUUCCACAGUAGGGCCUCCUCGGACCUUGCUUCUUUGUCUCUCUAGGCUUCCGCUCAAGCCUGGUAAUCACCGCCAGUCUCCAGGCCCGAGAUUUGCGGCACUCCAAUCUCUAGUUACCACUAGGGUGGUCGAUUAUGGGUGGCGGAAAAUCAGGUGCUGAGGGGGCAGCGGGGUCGUGCUGCGGUAAGGGCCCGGGAUACGUGUCCCCGUUAGCAGCGACGCAGGGGCCGCGCGAGAAGCUACUGUACACGACGGGCAUUUACACGGGCACGGGCGUGGAGAAGCCGGAUUUCCUGGCGACGAUCGACGUGGAUCCCGAGUCGGACAGCUUCGGUCAAGUAAUUCACCGGCUGUUCAUGCCGCACCUCAACGACGAGCUGCAUCACUCUGGAUGGAACGCGUGCAGCUCGUGCGUCAACGAUCCCACCAAGUCGCGCAAGUUCCUCGUCCUGCCAGCUCUACAGUCGAGCCGCGUCUACGCCGUGGAUGUCGCGACCAAUCCGCGAGAGCCGUCCCUCCACAAGGUCGUGCAGGCCGAAGAUAUCGCCGCGAAAACCGGGCUGGCGUUCCUGCAUACCACGCACUGCCUGGGAUCUGGGGAUAUUUUAAUCUCCGCCUUAGGCGACUCGGAGGGCAACGCGGGCGACACGGGGUUCCUGCUGCUUAGCGAGGAUUUCGAGAUUAAGGGCCGGUGGCAGAAGGAAGGUGGGGCGAAGCUUCCUUUCCAUUACGACUAUUGGUACCAGCCGCGACACAACGUACUCGUUAGUAGCUCCUGGGGCGCGCCGAAGCGGUUCACGAAGGGGUUCGAUCCCGGACACGUGGCGGAGGAUUACGGGCGGCACUUGUACUUCUGGGAUUGGACGACGCACGAGCUGACGCAGACCGUCGAUCUGGGGAGCGAAGGGCUGAUCCCGCUGGAGAUUCGCUUUCUGCACGACCCGGAUAAGGCCGUUGGAUUCGUCGGCGCGGCGCUGAGCAGCAACAUAAUUCGGAUCACUAAAGAGGAGUCGGGGAAAUGGGCCACAGAUGUGGUGAUCCGCGUGGAGCCCAAGGACGUGGAAGGCUGGGCGCUACCGCAACUCCCGGGUCUCAUCUCCGACAUCCUCAUAUCCCUGGACGACCGCUUCCUCUUCUUCUCCAACUGGCUGCAAGGCGAUCUGCGCCAGUACGACAUCUCGGACCCCGCGAAUCCCAAGCUCGUGGGGCAGGUGUUCCUGGGGGGGGUGAUUCGCGAGGGAGGCGCUGUCAGGGAGAAGAACGGCAGCCCUGCACCAGAUGUACCCACUGUGAAGGGCAAGGAGCUGAGGGGAGGUCCGCAGAUGAUUCAACUGAGCCUUGACGGAAAACGUCUGUACGUGACGAAUUCGCUCUUCUCGUCGUGGGACCGUCAGUUCUACCCCGACCUUAUCCAGAAAGGCGGGCAUCUGCUGCUUGUCCACGUGGACACGGAAAAAGGGGGUCUCACGCUCGAUAAGGAUUUCUUCGUGGAUUUCGGGGAUUUCCCCGAGGGUCCCGCGCUGGCGCAUGAGACGCGGUACCCUGGCGGAGAUUGCUCUUCGGACAUUUGGGUGUAGGGAGGGAGUGUAUGGGAGGGGUGAGAGUGGGGUGGUGGUCGUGUGUUAUAGCGAGGAUGUGUUCUGGAAUAUGUCUUUUGGUGUAUAUGUGGCGACUGCUUAAGUAGAUGUCUGUCGAAACGACUUUUUGAAGAUGGAAAAUUGAUAACAAGAAACUUUAAGCUGAUUG